UUGAGGCGGCCUGAUGGAGGCGGAUUGGACAGACUGAACACAGCUGACACGAGCUGACUCAAAACAUUUACAUAUACAUACAUAAAGCGUUCACAUUUUCUGUGGACACUCUGCAUUUCAGCGCAGCAAUCAUUGUUUCUCCUGUCUGAAGUGUUCCUGAGAGUCGCAGCCCUGCAUUCCAAAAAGGAAGACGAGUACUUCACCAUGAGCUCAGACGAUGGUGACAUGGAGAACCAGGCUGAGCUGGAAGAGAAGACAAGGCUGAUCAACCAGGUGCUGGAGCUGCAGCACACUUUAGAGGACCUGUCUGCCCGGGUGGACGCCGUCAAAGAGGAGAACCUGAAGCUGAAGUCGGAGAAUCAGGUUCUGGGUCAGUACAUCGAGAACCUCAUGUCUGCCUCCAGUGUCUUCCAGACCACUGACACCAAGAGCAAACGAAAGUAAGGAGAGCCUCGGAGAACCUUGAUCUAGAACCUAGAACACUCUACCCCCCCCUCCCACACACACACACACACACACAUUACAUAACCCCAACCAUCCUGGAAUACUGGACUCUGAUCAUUAACACCAUGGGCCCCUGGAUGCUGCUGAAGCCUCAAUCAUGCUUUUGCAAAUAUCCUGACAGUUUUGAAAGAUGGGUAUUUGUCAUCAUACUUGCACUGCUCCAUAAUGUGCGCAUUAGGGGGCAGUAUUGCAUCUCUAAAAUUAGAAUAUAGAGGAAAUGAACACAAAAGAAAGCUGAAACACAUUUUCAGUCCUGGACAAAUCAGUCAGGAAACAAAUCUUUGUUUUAAUUCGAUUAACACCAUUUUAAGCUCAACUUAUCUGCAGAUAUGCACAGCAGCUUUUUGAAAGUUAGAAGGUGAACAUAUGGUGGGAGCUUUGGUGACGUGUUUACAUGUAUCCUUUCAGAAGCAUGUUUUAGACUGAAGUCAGCUGAAACUCAGAUCUACAGCUAUUCAUCUCUCAACCCAAACAUCUUGAGUCCCAGUAACCUUCCUGCUAAACAACUGCUAUAUAUGGAGCUAGCAUCCCAAACCAUCAACAGAUAGCAGAUGUUAGAAGUUCUAUUAGUAAAUGUUAGCACUGAUGACAGAGUCUGACAAACAGCUAAAACCACACAGUAACAGUUUGGCCUCACCAGUUUCUGUGCAAAACUUCCCACCACCUUAUUAAAAUCCAGGGCUCUGAACAGAAAACAAGAUGCUAAUAGCUAAUCAUCCACUCUAACAGGAAGCUUUACUUUUUUGGGGAUACUGAAACAUAUCUAUGCCUUACCUUUGCAAUGAGUGCCGUUAAAGGAUAGGUCCACAUGUUUUCAAGUCUGUCAUAAAACUAUACUCACGUUCCCAUAUGAACAUUGAAACAGUUUUUUAUCGUUCUAAUCAUUUCUUCUGUUCAAGCUGGCCAUUAAAAGAUUCCUUCUUAAUAAGGCUCCAGUGGAAGUGAAUGCAAAAAAUAUAUUCCAAAGUUUAUCUGAAGUUAAAAUGAGGUUUCAGCAAUCUGAGUUUAUCAAACCAAAUGGAGAUCUUCCAAAAAAAACUAAAUGGCCAGUAUGGCUCAGCAGCAAGCAAAACCAUGUUUCAGUGUACAAAUGAGCACCUGACUUGUUUUAAGGCAGACUUGAAAAAUUGUGAGCAAGUCCUUUAAAUGGCACAAAAUCAACUUCCUUCUCAUGGUGCUCAUCCUCUUAGCUCUGUAAUUUCAGUUUGUUUUCGACCCUGCACUUUCACACACACUGCACAAUGACAUUGCUUGGAAACCUGUCUAGAGCACGGCUGUUCAUUAUCAUGGAAAACAUGUCAGUGUCAAGAUCAUGUUGAGAUUUUAUCAAAGCCAUGUUGUCAGAUGUUCAUUGGCUCACAGAGACAAUUGGAACUGGUGAUGUUGGGCUUCCUCUUCCUCUCUCCACCACCCCUCCCUCCCUCCCUCCUUCCUCCUCACUGAACAAAAAAAACUCCAACCAACCACCCUGUUCAGAUUUUUAUAGAGUUCAAGUGUUUACGUUAAACUUCCCUUUACUCCUCGGAGCAUGAUGGAUCCGGCUUGAUGGUGAGUUUCGGCGAACACAACCUUAAGCGUUUGCUGGUGGGAAGCUGGUGAGGGAUCAUGUUUGUUGCUGCUGCCUCCCUAACAAUGGAGUCAGCAGUGACAAGGAGCACAGUGCAGGAGAAUUGGGCUGCUCCAAAUUGGGGAGAAAAAGUGAGAGAAAAAAUGUAUUUUCCUUUUGUUAUUUAUUAUAUAUUUCUGCCAUUGCCAUCAGUACAGUAGGUUUUAGAAUUUGUAUUUUUAUGUUACAUAAUAGUUUUAUUGUUACUGCUUACAACCUCUCUGUAGAGAGGAAGGUCUAAAGGCACAUUUUGAAACUGCUCAGUCUUUCAGUACAAUGUCACUAUUUUGUUGGUUUUUUUGCUGCUUUUUGAGUUACACUACUUAACAGUGACCUUCACUGUUACUGUUUAUAACCGCGACCAUGAUGUGUCAAUUUCAUUUUGAUCUAAAAGAGUCUUGUGUAUGUGCUUGUUAAACUGGCAAAGCCUAGUUUUAGUCUCUCAAUAAAUCAGUGACAAAUAUGCAUACUACAUUUUAUGCAUAAAUGUUAAAGAAGCAUUAUCUAUGAAAUCUGAAAUAUCUUUAACCCUGUUGCAUUUGUACAUUGUUUACAUAUAAUUGUUUUAUGUUGCCAUUUGAAAUGAAUUUGGUUUAAUAAAGUGAUGAUCCUUUUUGAUGAAA